AUGGAUGCCAUGGACUGUUGGGAUGAUCUUGGGAUGAUCUUGGGAACCAGAACAAAGAACAUAGAAGAAGUUCCAGACUAUGUGAACGUGAGCACAAAUUGGCUGUGGAAACAAAAGAGAAAGCUCACUUGCCUCUUCUGCUCCAAAAGAAACACCUGGAUAAGCUCCAGGGAAGUGUUCCUGGGAGAUAUUGCCUAUGGUUCAAUCCUGACUGAGAAAGAGAGGAAAGUGGCAGAGGAAGCAAAUCAAAGAACCCUGAGGAUUCUAUUCGAUGCUCUGGAAAAAAAAGACAGUGUCCUAGUGGAGAAAUGUGGGGAUGCUAAUGGCCUUUUGAGGCAGAAGAAUUGUCCGAUGAUCCCCAUGUGCUUGGUGCAAGAUCUGAUCACUAAACUACAGAAUGUUGAAUUUAGGAAAAGAGAGUAUAUGGUUCAUGAGAGCUAUGAUCUCACAGAUUCAGAUAAAAUCAUUAUUUAUCUGAGCCCCCACUUUUGGCUACAAAAGGAGACAUUAGACAUUGGGUCCCGCCCUGGAACUCUCAUUUUGGCAGCUGCACAAAUUCUUGGGUAUAAGUACUAUGCAGAGACACCCACAGAUGAGGGACAUGUUCAACAACAUCCACCCACGGUCCCACUUUCAGCUUAUAGUAUCUGCUCGGCGUUUGAAUCCUGGAUGAGACACAGAGGAUUAUACUCUGGAUCCUAUUCCUGCUGUGGGGAGGAGUCAAGGGAUUCAGUGUGUGCAAUUUCUGAUCUGAGCAUCUGGUUGAAUGAUAUAGCCCAACUAUAA